UUCCUGUAGGAGCAAGUUAAUCUGCUUUCAGAUUUGCGGUAUAACUUCAUAACAAGCUGCCACAGACAAAGCAGAGACUUUGCUAUGAGUACUUGUCCUCGCUUGGAUUUGACACCAAAUACCCAUCAUUCUUGGCACCAAGACCACCAGGCUGCUGUAGUCGCUGUGAGACUCUUUGAUGGAUUGGACUUAGUUCUGGUCCCAGAGCCACACUCUCACGAGAGUGUGAGGAUUGAGUAAAAGACUGUGGCUCAGGAUCACCACAGAUGGAGUUAAGUCAGCUUAAAGGUGAUUUUCUUGCAUUUCUUCAAACACUUGGACUUGACACUUUCUACCCAAACAAGCUGACUCUAAGGUCUUUGCUGGAGAUUAACAGGAGCAAUUUUUCUGAUGAGGAGGUUCACUCUCUGCAAGCAUUACCAUGGGCUUUCCUACACAAAUUACUGACGAUUAAUUCAAAUUCAAGAUGUUUAAUAUGUGUAACUUGUGAAAAUAAUGAGCAGGGCUGUGAUGCUACCCCAAAUCUUCUCGAUCUCCAAACUGCACUCUACGCCUGUGCUGACAGUUUCCUUCAGCAAGAAAUGACACUUAAAAUGUCAAUGUGCCAGUUUGCAGUACCAUUUGUGUUACCCAAAGGAUCUCAUAAUCAAUACACUCUCAUGUUGUGGGCUCUUAGGUCUGUCCUGAAAGAAUGGCGUCCCCACUCAAUGUCAGAAUCUAAAGGUUUUGUUGAAGACAGUGUUGUUCAUGCAAAAAUACCUUUGAUAUCAUUUGUGAGGCUAAGCAACUGCAGCUUGUCCAAGUCACAAGUCUUGAACCAAGUGCUCAAAAAGUCACAGCAGCACCAGGAUUUUUUUUCUCAUCGAGAAAUAAAUGUAGGAUCCUCUGUUAGGGUAAUUGCUAAUGGGAUGGUUGAAAUAUGCUGGAGUUUGCCAUGUGGAAACAAAAACAUUGAUGUCUUUCCUGAGCCAGUGGCUUUUGCUAAUUUAAGAGGAGAUGUUUGCACAUUUCAAACCCAAUUCAAUUUCCUUACUCGGGUGUCAACAGCCGUCUUUGUGUUCCUGGACAGUGUUGAUGAAAAUGAACAAAGGCUGUUUGCCUCAUUACCAGAAAUUGAGUCCAAAUUUUUUUUUGUAGUCAACACUAAGGGAAAAAUUAACAUGUCGUCAAUUAAAGCAGCAGUUAAUACUCUGAAAACGGAGAAAGAUCGCAUCAUUCUGAAAAGCCAAGACAUGAAUUUACUUAGAUUCUCAAAGAUGAUCAGCUCUGCCAUUAAAAAUGUGCUAGGUGAACACUGUACAUCAUGUGAAAUUGAGGGUAUGAAGAGAAUUGCUCAAGAAUUGGGUCUUGGCAUUGAUGAAAAUGAAAGUAGAGCCUGUAUGUCUGCAGAGAAAACAGCAGAGAAAAUUCUGAAAAAUAUUGGGGUUCGGCGCACAGUGGAAUAUAAAAAGACACGGCUACCACUGCAAGGUGAAAACUGGAAAAGACUGGCUCAGAUAGAAAAAGAGCAAUGCCGAUUACAGCAUUCAGGGGAGUUGAGUUUGGAGGAGUAUAAGGUCCAACUUCAAAAUGAAAAAGAUGCAAUUAAAGAGAAACAAAGCAAGUAUAAGGUUACAGAAACAAUGGAUAUCUUAAUAAAGGCAUUGUCAACCUCAGAUGAUAUCGAGCAAGCCUUUUUUCUCAGAUGGUUGGGAUUAAAGCUGGACAUGCGAUCACGAAAACACAUGGCAGAACUUCGUCACAGAUAUGCACAGAGUGAACAAAAGAAAGACAGAGAUGCUAUAGCCCAAUUAGACCAGGAGCUGAUUGACUCUUCUCUUGGCAUCGAGCAUUACAUGAGAGAAAUGGGACAAAUCUAUGAAGCUGCUUCAUUUGGUUCAACUAACAUGUCUGAAAAAAUUCUUAAUCUUCCUACUCUGGCUGCCAAACUGCUUCUGUCUGGGUUUCCUCUUGAACUACUUGAUGGAGAUGCAUCAAAUAUCCCAGAGAAAUGGGUAAGUGAUGUUCUCAUGGAGCUUCACAAGAUGGUUAAGGAAAGGAGCCGUUUGCUGGUUAUAACAGUGUUAGGGGUUCAGAGUACUGGUAAAUCAACACUACUCAACACUAUGUUUGGAGUCCAGUUUGCAGUAAGCAGUGGACGAUGCACACGUGGAGCGUUUAUGAUUCUCCUACCUGUGGGUGAAGACUUGAAGGAAGAGUUACUUUGUGACUUUGUGCUUCUGAUUGAUACAGAGGGUUUGAAAUCACCAGCACUGGCACAAUUGGAAGACAGUUAUGAGCAUGACAAUGAACUGGCCACAUUUGUGAUUGGUCUUAGUGACGUAACCAUCAUAAAUGUAGCAAUGGAGAAUUCCACAGAGAUGAAGGAUGUCUUGCAGAUAGCAGUUCAUGCUUUUUUACGGAUGAAGGAAAUUGGUAAAAAAACAGUCUGCCACUUUGUUCAUCAAAAUGUUGGUGGUGUUUCAGCACAUGAGAAAAAUAUGACAGACAGAAAAAAGCUUUUGGAUCAGUUAAAUGAGAUGACACUGAUUGCAGCUGAGAUGGAAAGUCAGCCUGAUGUGAGGAAAUUCACUGAUGUUUUGAAUUACGAUGUGGAAAAGAAUAACUGGUAUAUACCAGGCCUGUGGCAUGGCACUCCACCAAUGGCACCAGUUAAUACAGGCUACAGUGUGGCUGUUCUUGAUUUUAAGAAAAACCUCUUGGAGAUGCUUAACGAAAGAAAGGAUGAAAAACCCAUCCAGAUCCCAGAGUUCCUGAAAUGGAUGAGUAGCUUGUGGAAGGCAGUGAAGUUUGAGAAUUUCGUUUUCAGUUUCAGAAACACUCUUGUGGCCCAUGCCUAUGAGAACCUGUGCAAAGAGUUUUCAGACUGGGAAUGGUCUUUCAGAAGACACAUGUUGACUUUGAUUUGUAAAGCAGAGGUUCAACUGUCUAACGCUGAAACAAGUUCUAUUCAAGAAGUCAGUAAAACACUGAAGGAGAACCUGAACAAAGAGAUUGGCGUUCAAACCAAAUUAAUAACUGAAAAACUGAAAGACUACUAUAAACAGAGGGACCGUUAUGUUCAUUUGGUGGAAAAGUACAAAGCUGAUUUUACUAAUAGCAUUAAAUCUCUGCAGACUGAAUUGACAGAUGAAGUGAGAAAGAAGUUUGAAGUUGUUCUUGACAAGAGGAGAAACAAGGAGAAAGUAGAAGACAUACAAAAUAAGCAAACUGAUAAAAUUAAACAGAAAAUCCUGCAUCUACUGCAGAACUACAAAGGUCACAAAGAUGAGGUGACUGAUGAGGAUCUCAAAGCUAAUUUUGAAAGUAUGUGGAGCCGUGAGGUCGAAAAUGUCACUGGUCUUAGUGCAAAAGAUGUUUCUCAGGAUGUUUUUAUGAAGUUUCGUUCAAGUUUCGGACAUCGUAACAUGACACAAUAUCUGCAGUCAAUUAGGAAUUUGACAGAUUAUGGGCAAGAAGAGUUCAAGGCCAAGAAAGAGCAUGUGAAACUGGGAAAAUUAAAAGGUUUAGUAUAUGCACACCGUAGUACAAAGCUGGAGCUACAGAUUAUUGCAGUUGAUGUCAUUACCAAUUGCAAUAAAAUGAUUGAACAGUUUACACAAUCCAAAGAUGAUUACCAAACUACAUUUACCAAAGAUCUGCUUGAUGCAAUUGACGGACACCUCAAAAGAGCAGGCACCAAAUAUACUACAAAAUUUGAAUUUGACCUGAAAUUGCACAUUUGUGGCAUUGCCUCUCGGAAAUUCACAGAGAUGCACAAGAAGUAUCUCACUGAGCAAGAUCCAUUAAAGCAUUUACAGAACUUUAAGGGGCAGUAUCUCUCUGAUUUCAUUGAUUUGUACAGAAAGAAUGACCAGUACCAAAGGAAAGCUGAAGAAUUCACUCAGGUCUGUCUCAAACCAGCAGUGACUGAGUACAUCGACCAGUCCAUCGGACCUGACAUUGUUGAUGCAGUUUUGGAGAAUAAAUGUACUGCGUAUAGUUCACGGUCACUAUUUCAGUACACCAUUCAGAAGGAACUGCUGGAAAAAUCAAAUUUCAGUGAAUUUGAGAAAUACAUUUUACAUUAUGAGAAUUAUGUGAAAGACUGGAUAUACAAUCACGUUGUUGGAUGCUUUUCCAAAGACUUAUCUCUGCAAAAAUUAAAAAUGCAGAAGCUGGAAAUCAUAAUAAAAAAGAUCACUAAAGCAGUGGAAACUUGUAAGCUUGAUGCCAGUGGCUCUCCUUUGCCUAAUGAUACACAAGGUACCACAAUAUUGAUCCGAAAUCUUUGCAAAACUAUGAGUGAUGUCAUUGCAAUACCUAUGAGCACAGUGGACAGUGUCCUGUUUCAGAACACAUGCUUUUGUGAUCCAUUCACCAAAAGUCUCUGUGAGUGUAUUGGUGACCUGAAACAGCAAAUAUCAAAGGAGAUCUCAGAGUCAACUGAUAUCAAAGAGACACUGAAAAAUGUGUCAGUAAAACCCCAGGAUGAGCUUUUCAAGAGGGUGUUUGGAUGUGGAGUGCAGUGUCCAUUUUGUGAAACACCAUGUGAGGCAGGAGGAAAGGAACAUCAGCUACACCAUGCAGCUGUGCACAGACCAAAAGGUGUUGGCAUGUACAGAAAUAUUAAGACUAAUAUCCUUUGCGAAGAGAUUUGCACAUCUAGUGUUCAUGGCAAUGGAAAAUUUCAAAACCAUGACACAAAUUUCCAACCUUAUCCCUACAAAGACUACCGGAAAUAUUACCCAGACUGGCAUAUUGCACCUGACAUGUCAAUAGAAGCCCCAGAUUACUGGAAAUAUGUGCUGGUGACAUUCAAUAAAGAUUUUGCUGAAAGUUAUAAAGCAUUGCCAGCUGUUUAUCCUGAUGUGUGGAAUCAAAUCACUAAAGAUCAGGCUUUCAAUAGUCUGAAGCUCAUGUUUAAUAUUAAAUAAUGGAUAACCGGCAAAAUAUCACUGCAAACAUAUUGGAAUUACUCACAGUUCCUGUUAUCGCUCAGGUGAAGCAGAAACUGGAGCAAUAGUUAUAACUGACAGUCUAUUUUACCUACUAAAUAUACAUAGAAUCAAUGUUUUUAAAGUUAUGUUUUAGGGGGAUUUAAAUGUAUUAUAAUUACCUUAUAUCUGUA